GGCCUCAGAAUGUGUAUGAAUUAAGAGCAUUUCUGGGAAUGACAGGAUGGUGUAGGCUUUGGAUCAUGAACUAUGGUCUAAUAGCCAAGCCAUUAUAUGAGGCCCAGAAAGCUGCCCCUUUUGUGUGGGAAAAACCACAGCAAGAAGACUUCCGAAAGCUCAAGGAGGCUCUGAUGACAGCACCAGCUCUUGGCCUACCGGAUUUGACUAAAGACUUUCAAUUGUUUGUCCAUGAGAGGCAGCACCUAGCCUUAGGAGUCCUAACACAGAGGAUGGGAAGCUGGAAAAGACCAGUGGGAUACUUCUCCAAACAAUUGGACUCGGUAAGCAAAGAGUGGCCUUCUUGUUUGCGGGCAGUUGCUGCAACUGUAAUACUGAUACAAGAGGCGGGGAAAUUGACUCUGAGAAAGACUAUCACAAUUUAUGUCCCGCACAUGGUAACAACAGUUUUGGAACAAAAGGGGGGACAUUGGCUAUCCCAUAGCAGAAUGAUGAAAUGUCAAGUGAUAUGUACUGAACAAGAUGAUGUAAUUCUAAAAACAACUAACCCUGUGAAUCCUGCAGUGUUUUUGAAUACUCCACAGGAAGAGCAGCAACUGGAGCAUGACUGCACUGUAACCAUUGAACACACAUACUCCAGUCGAGAGGAUCUGAAAGAUGUUCCCUUUGAGAAGCCAGACUGGGAACCAUUUACAGACUGCUCCAGUUUCGUCUUGAAUGGAACCCGCUACGCAGGAUAUGCUGUAACAACUGAAAAUACAAUGGUGGAGGCACAUGCGCUGCCUAUCACAACCUCUGCACAGAAAGCAGAAUUGAUUGCAUUAAUCCAAGCCUUGGAACUAAGUAAAGGAAAGAAGGCUAACAUAUGGACUGACUCUAAAUAUGCCUUUGAUGUAGUUCAUGUCCAUGGGGCCCUGUGGAAAGAAAGAGGAAUACUGUCCUCACAGAGAACUAAUAUUAAACAUCAAAAGGAAAUUUUACAGCUUUUAUUGGCUGUACAAGAGCCAGCACAAAUUUUGAUCAUGUACUGUAAAGCACAUCAAUCUGGAAACACUAAAAUAAUAGAGGGAAAUAGAUCAGCAGAUCAAACUGCUAAGAAAGCGGCACUACAGCACACGGCAACACAAAUGGCACUAAUUCCCACUAGAACUGUAAAACCUUCCAAAGAAUCUCCAAAAUAUUCUGGAGAAGUUGAUAAAUUGGCACAAUUGGUAAAUGCAAUGAAAAAUCAAGAAGGAUGGUGGGUUACCAGCCAGGGACAAGUAGUGGUACCUCUUCUGAUUAUGAGGGAAAUCUUGCAGGUAAAACAUCAUGAAUGUCAUUGGGGUGCAGAAGCCCUGGUACAGCUUUUAAAACGAAAUGUAAUAUCAGUAAAAAUGUUAGAAAUGGCUAAAUCAGUAUCUGCAAAAUGUGAGAUUUGUUUAAAGAAUAAUCCAGUAGUACGAAAGAAAGUUCAAUUGGGCAGAACAAAAACAGGAGUCGAGUCAGGUGAUUAUUGGCAAACUGAUUUCACAGAAUUACCUAAAUGCAUUGGUUACAAAUACAUGUUGAUUGGGGUUGACACCUUUUCUGGAUGGCCAGAAGCCUUUUCCUGUCACACAAAUCAGGCUAAGGAAACUGUCAAGUGGUUAUUGCAAGAAAUUAUUGCAAGAUUUGGAGUUCCACUUGGAAUGUCAUCAGACAGAGGGCCACAUUUUGUGGCUACGGUGGUACAAGAAACCUGGAAUGAAGAAUCUCUGCAAGAAAGAUGGAAGGGACCGUGCCAGGUGCGGCUAACCACUUUUACUGCAAUCAAGAUUGCCAAAUCAGAUGCGUGGAUCCACUACACUCGAGUGAAGACGCCGCCGCCUGUCAACUGGAAAGUGGUUGGAGAGCCAGAGACUUUGAAAUUAACUUUAAAGCAUGAUUAA